UUCGUUGGGAUGCUCUAAGCGUAAAACUCACGCUACAGUGGACACCCAAGAAAUUAAAGAAUUCUUUUCAGGAAAGAACAAACAGAAAAUUUAUCACGCUACAAUCACAUUUUCGUUUUCAUUUUUAUUUUUGUAUUUGUUUUUAUUAGCGAGAAAGAAAAGUAGAAUUUUGGAGUACACAAGAAACAAAAUCGUAUGAUAUCUGAUCUGAGGCUGCGAUGGUGAUGGGCAGCUUCUUCUUUCCUGAUAUUGCUGCUGACGAUCCCCGGCCAUCUGAAGAAGAGCAAUGAGGUCCGGUCGAUUAUGCACAUUCGGCGUAGCGUAGGGCCUUCACCUCGGCAUUGAAAAUUCGUCUCUGCCUGCCUACUCGGUAAUUAUCUGUCUUCUUCGCGUUGGAUAUGUUUCUAGACCUAAAUCCUUUUCCAUUUAUGCAUGUAAUUUUGAUUCUUCAAUUCCAUCAAAUUCGAAUUUGUUUUCCUCAUCCUGUCUGUGCAACUUAACUGCAUUUCACCGGUUCCAAGGUUUGAUAAUUUACUCAACUAAACCGUAGAAGAAUAAUAGAGUAAUAGAAAGAAUAGCUAUAUACGAAUACUGUUACUAAACGAUGAAAUACUUAUGUAUUGGGUAUUUAAUUUAAGUUUCCUUUCCAUUAGACAGAGUGAGUGAGAGAGAGUGAGAGAGAGAGAGAUUGAAGGACAUAGACGUACAAAUAGUGUUGUUUAGUUGUUAUGCCAAUGGAGGAGGAGGCAAUGCAAAGCAAGGAAAAGGCAGGCCGAAGAAACGGGUGCAAUCCCGUUACGAAAGGUGGCCCUUUGUCUAUGGAUCAUGUGCUUUUGGCCCUGGGAGAGACCAAGGAACAGAGGGAGCUCAGAAUUCGUAAUCUCUUUAACUUCUUUGACACCGCAAAUAUUGGUUAUUUGGACUACACCCAGAUUGAGGCUGCCCUCUCUACCCUCCAGAUACCCUCCGAGUACAAGUAUGCCAAGGAUUUGUUGAAUGUCUGCGAUGCCAAUCAAGAUGGCCGUGUCGAUUACCAAGAAUUUAAGCGCUACAUGGAUGAUAAAGAGCUCGAGCUCUAUUGCAUCUUUCAAGCCAUAGAUGUCGAACAUAAUGGUUGCAUUCUCCCUGAAGAGCUCUGGGAUGCACUUGUAAGGGCAGGAAUUGAAAUUGAUGAUGAGGAACUCGCACGUUUUGUUGAGCGUGUUGAUAAGGAUAAUAAUGGUGUUAUAACAUUUGAAGAAUGGAGAGAUUUUCUUCUGCUGUUCCCUCAUGAGGCAACCAUCGAGAAUAUUUAUCAUUAUUUGGAAAGGGUAUGCCUUGUUGAUAUUGGGGAGCAGACUGUAAUCCCAGAGGUCAUCAGUAAGCAUGUCCAUGCAAGCAGAUAUUUGAUUGCUGGGGCAGUAGCAGGAGCAACAUCACGUACAGCUACUGCUCCUCUUGAUCGUUUAAAGGUUGUUUUGCAAGUACAAACAAAACAAGCUCGCAUUAUGCCAGCAAUAAGGGAUAUAUUUAGAGAAGGGGGAUUAUUGGGCUUUUUCCGUGGCAAUGGUUUAAAUGUCUUGAAAGUGGCUCCUGAAAGUGCCAUCAGGUUCUACACUUAUGAAAUGCUGAAAAAUUUUAUUGUCCAUGCUAAUGGUGAAGAAGAUCAGGCUAAUAUUGGUACUGCAACUCGCCUUGUUUCUGGUGGCUUAGCAGGUGCUGUGGCACAGACUGUUAUUUAUCCCAUGGAUCUUGUUAAAACACGAAUCCAAACUUAUGCUGGCGAAGGUGGAAGAAUUCCAAGUCUUGGAACUCUGUCUAGAGAAAUAUGGGUUCAGGAGGGAUCCCGGGCAUUUUAUAGGGGCCUUGUUCCAUCUCUACUUGGGAUUGUCCCUUAUGCUGGCAUUGAUCUUGCUGCUUAUGAAACCUUGAAAGAUAUGUCCAAGAAAUAUAUUCUGCAUGACGGUGAACCUGGUCCUCUUGUGCAAUUGGGAUGUGGGACUGUAUCAGGAGCUCUUGGUGCAACAUGUGUGUACCCAUUGCAGGUUGUCAGGACAAGAAUGCAAGCACACACUGCAUAUAAAGGAAUGGGUGAUGUAUUCAGGAGAACCUUCCAACAUGAAGGGCUAAGGGGAUUCUACAAAGGAAUAUUUCCAAAUCUCCUUAAAGUAGUCCCAUCUGCAAGUAUUACUUAUAUGGUUUAUGAGUCCAUGAAAAAGAGUUUGGAUCUGGGAUAAAAGCAUUAUGCAGCUCCAAAUAAUUGACUAUAGAGUUGACACAUUGACAAUGGUAUCGUGAUAAAGAUGUUGAAUAAGGUUCCUAAUUGAAUAGAUCAAAUCAUUUUUUUUGAGUCA